AUGGAGGAGCAGCAACUGACAUCUGACCCUCGAUAUCAAAAGAUGCUGCAGUUGAAAUCGAAGUUGACGGGAGCGCCUGCACCGGCCGAACCAGCGCAACAGCCUUCCCCGUCUGUUAGUCAGCAGCAACCGCAGAUCACUUCUGCGCAGCUGAACCAAUUACGAGCUCAGGUUAGCGUAUACAAGCUUUUGGCAAGGAACGAGCCUGUUCCGCCUGCGCUGGCGGCUGAAGCAGUUGUGAUGAAAAACAAGCCAACAUCGCUUUUGCCUGAACCUUACGAAUUCCCUGGUGAAGCGGAAAAUGGCGAGAAAUUGCCCUAUGAUCUUAUGAAGGUUUUAAAUAUACACCAGCAACGUUGUGCUCGGCCAACGUCGUUACCUACUCCCGUAGGCAUCGAUCCAGCGUCUUUGUUGAAGGAGCGGGAGUACAGGUGAGU